AUGGCGCGGUCGCUCUGCUCGCCGUCCCGAGGUUCCGGCGGUGCGGCGGCGGCGGGGGGAGAUUUGCCGGGGCCGUCGCCGUCGAGCGAGAGGAUGGGCCGUGCUGCAGCGGCGACCAAGAAGGGGUCCCGCCUGCGCCCCUUCGUGUACCAAAGGCAGCCCGGGCGGUGGGGGGUUGAGUUCCGGGACCGCCACCUCGACAUCCGCAAAUGGCUCGGCACGCACGACUCCAAGGAGGAGGCCAUGGCCGCCUACGACGCCUACGAGGCGCGGGUCGACGCCGCCCUAGCGUGCGGCGAGGUGCCGCCGGGUGCUCGCCGCGCGCGGCCGCCUACCCCUGACGUCAAGGUCCACCAACGGCCGGCGCGACGUGCGCCCGGCCGCCCGAGGAAGCAGCAGCCGCCGCCGGCGGCGGCGGCGGCGGCGACAACGACCUCAUCUGCUUCCCUCUCAUCGGAGGAGGCGGCAACGCCGUUGUCAUCGUCGUCGGCGGCGGUGGAGGCUCCUGCCUUGACGCCCCAGAACCCGCUGCCCCUCGCCGUGGAUCCAUUCCGGGGGGAGGAGGAUCUCUUGGCCAAUGACCACCGCUUCGGCUUCGGCCUCGCCGACAUUGGCCACCUCCCGCUGCCAUCCUUCCAUGCCAACGUGGACUUCAGCAUCACAGACAGCGAUCUGUCCCUCUUCGAUGCCGGCUUCAUGUGACAAACCAACAAGAACAACACGUACACGUACAUUACAUUUGUUG